AUGGAGCUGUCUAGAAGAAUGGGAUCCUCCAAUCCUCUCAAUGGCAUGGCACUGGAGAAAUGGAAAUAUUGCUGUACUCUGAGUCCCGUACUUUAUAUAAGGAGCCUGGACCGGGCCCUGGAGGAGGCGGGCAGCUCCGGCAUCCUGAGCCUCAGUGGCAGGAAACUCCGAGACUUCCCGGGCAGCGGCUACGACCUGACGGACACCACCCAAGCAGACCUUUCAAGAAAUCGUUUUGCAGAAAUUCCUUCUGAUAUCUGGUUAUUUGCACCUCUUGAAACAUUAAAUUUAUACCAUAAUUGCAUUAAAACCAUUCCUGAAGCCAUUAAAAACCUGCAGAUGUUGACAUACCUUAACAUUAGUCGAAAUCUUUUAUCAACGUUGCCAAAAUACCUAUUUGAUCUUCCUCUUAAAGUUUUGGUCAUCAGUAAUAAUAAACUGGUAUCCAUUCCAGAAGAAAUUGGGAAGUUAAAAGACUUAAUGGAAUUGGAUAUUAGCUGCAAUGAGAUUCAGGUUCUUCCCCAACAAAUGGGAAAAUUACAUUCACUUAGAGAGCUCAAUAUAAGAAGAAAUAAUCUUCAUGCCUUGCCAGAUGAAUUAGGAGAUCUUCCCUUGGUCAAGCUGGAUUUCUCUUGUAAUAAAGUGACCGAGAUUCCAGUUUGUUACAGGAAGCUGCAUAAUUUACAAGUAAUAAUUUUGGAUAACAAUCCAUUGCAAGUACCACCAGCGCAGAUAUGUUUAAAGGGUAAAGUACACAUAUUUAAAUACUUAAGUAUCCAAGCAUGUUGCAGAAUGGAUAAGAAACCAGAUUCUCUGGAUCUUCCAUCACUGAGUAAAAGAAUGCCCUCCCAGCCUCUCACAGACAGUAUGGAAGAUUUUUAUCCAAAUAAAAAUCCUGGCCCUGACUCUGGAAUUGGAAGUGAUAAUGGAGAGAAACGGUUAUCUGCAACAGAACCAUCAGAUGACGACACAAUCAGCCUUCACUCUCAAGUCUCAGAAUCAAACAGAGAGCAGACAUCAAGAAACGAUAGUCACUCCGUUGGAAGUAAACCUGAUUCUCAGAAAGACCAGGAAGUGUAUGAUUUUAUUGACCACAACGCAGAAGAUGUAGCAGUUCCCGAACAAGGAGAUGCACAUAUUGGAUCCUUUGUUUCUUUCCUUAAGGGAAAAGAAAAAGGUCCUGAAAAAUCUCAGAAAAAUGAAGAAUUAGGAGAUGAGAAAAGACUUGGAAAAGAACUUGCAGAGGAAGAAGAUGAUGAUUUGAAGGAAGUAACUGAUUUGAAGAAAGUAGCCGCUCAGUUAUUGCAUCAAGAGCAAAAGAACAGUGUCUCAGCAGAUGAAGUUAAUUCACCAUUAUCACCACUCACAUGGCAGCCCUUAGAAAAUCAGAAGGAUCAAACAGAUGAACAACUGUGGCCAGAAUCUCAACCUAUAAUCUGGCAGAGUGAAGAAAGGAGGCGGAGCAAACAGAUUAGAAAAGAAUAUUUCAAGUAUAAAUCAUCAAGGAAGAGUUCAAGUGGCAAUGAAAAUGAUGAGCAAGACAGUGAUAAUGCUAACAUGUCACCACAAUCUCCAGUAUCAUCUGAGGAAUAUGAUAGAACUGAUGGUUUUUCACAUGGUCCUUUUGGCUUGAAGCCAAGAUCAGCUUUUAGCCGCUCGUCUCGCCAAGAAUAUGGGGCAGCAGAUCCUGGAUUUACAAUGAGAAGAAAAAUGGAACAUUUACGGGAAGAAAGAGAGCAAAUACGACAACUUCGCAAUAAUCUCGAAUCCAAGUUGAAAGUAAUUUUGCCUGAUGACAUUGGAGCUGCACUGAUGGAUGGGGUUGUUCUUUGCCAUUUAGCCAAUCAUAUAAGGCCACGCUCUGUAGCUAGUAUUCAUGUGCCAUCACCAGCUGUGCCUAAACUGAGCAUGGCAAAAUGUCGAAGAAAUGUAGAAAAUUUUCUUGAUGCUUGUAAAAAGUUGGGUGUUUCACAGGAAAGACUCUGUUUGCCUCAUCAUAUUUUGGAAGAAAGAGGUCUUGUGAAAGUUGGUGUCACAGUUCAGGCUCUUCUUGAAUUACCUACAACCAAGGCAUCUCAGCUUUCUAUGGCUUAAUAUAACAUUUAAAAGUCAUAAGUGUAUAAUUUCAUUUAUUUGAAGUUAUUUCAAAUAUCUCAAAUUCAUGAAUAAGACUGUCUAAUUAAAAAUUUAUUAGA